AUGUCAGGACACGUGGGCCACCAGCUGAGGCUCUCGGCCACGAGAAUACGACCUUACCUCGGCCAACGUCUUCAACAUGGGCCUCACCUCCACUCACACAUCUUCCCCUCCAGAACACGACUAUCGGCUGCCAGUCAGAGGAGGAAUUUCGGAGCGGCAGAUGCAGCAGGAUACCUCCUGAAAGGCUCAGAGCUCCUUAUCACCAGCGUCCAUGAGGUCACGGCAACACCAUGGUUCAUCUCGCUUCCCCUGGUCGCCGUCGUGGUCAGCGCCAUCAUCAGGGUGCCCCUGACACUGUACACCCAGAGCGCGCAGCGGAGGAAAGCAAAGCUCGCGCCCUUGAUCCAGGCGCAGUACGCCCAGAUCGGCCUCGGUCUGAGGCGGAAAGCGGUGCCGAACGUCAUGGAGCUGGUCACCAAGGCAGUCAAGACGAGAAGCAAGAAGAUGUUCGAGGCCUUCGCAGUCAACGAGACCAGGUCGCUCUGGGGAGGCCUGAUCAGCCUUCCCGUGUUCCUGAGUAAUCUCGAGGUCAUCAGGACCAUGUGCGGAGGGCCCCGCGGCCUAUUGGGCAGUCUGCUGUACGGGUGGCAGGGCCGGGACGCCGCACCGACGACGCCUUCAGACACAGCAGCCGCAGGCACUACGAUGUCAUCCACGACACCAAACACCAGUCUUGAGCCGCCUGUUGCGGAACUACCAUCUCCCACUGACAUCAGCGAGCUCGCAUCCUCCACGACGACGCCAGAGGUCCUCAAUCCGCUCACCCUGGAGCCCUCGUUCGCGACGGGCGGCUGCCUCUGGUUCCCGGACCUGCUCGUGCCGGACCCGUACCACGUCCUCCCCUUCGCCGUCUCGGGCCUGCUCCUCAUGCACCUGAUCCCUGAGACCGAGGCCGAGCUGCGGAACUUGUUCGGGAUGCGUCCCCCGGCCGGGUCGCGCAGGAACAUCGUCAUCGCAGGGGGGAGGUCACGCGGUUCGCUGGCCCUCCGCCGCGCGCUGAUAGUCCUGGCGCUCGCCAUCGGGCCGGUCACCAUGGACAUGCCUGUCGCGCUGCACCUUUACUGGGCGUCGUCUAUUGGGUGCAGCCUGGUUGUUACCAAGGGCAUCAGGAGGCUCCUGCCUAUACCGAAGGUGCCGGUGAAGCCCUGUUCCGGCCUCGAGAUCCCGUUAAUACGGCCCAAGCCGACUUGA